GCAGACAUUUGUGAAAGACUGUGCAAUAAGUCCAUCUGUGAAAUUUCCUUACUGUUAAAUAUUCCACAGUCAAUUGUUAGUAGUAUUAUAACAAAGUGGAAGCAACUGGGAACAACAGAAAAUCAGCCAUCAAGUGGUAGACCACUUAAAAUGAAGGAGCUGGUUCAGCACAUGCUGAAGUGCACAGUGCGCAGAAGUCGCCAACUGUCUACAGAGUCAAUAGCUGAAGACCUCCAAAUUUCAUGUUGCCUUCAGAUUAGGACAACCACUGUGCGUAGAGAGUUUCAUGGAACGGGUUUCCAUGGCUGAGCAGCUGCAUCCAAGCCUUACAUCACCAAGUGCAAUGCAAAGCUUCGGAUGCAGUGGUGUAAAGCACACCGCCACUAGACUUGAG